AUGUCUGAAACAGAGGAAAAAUCAAUUGCAAGUGAUGAAGAGUCUGAAUUGACCAAGGAGCAAAGAUUGGAAGCAGCUAGGAGAAAGUUUGAAGAGAUGAAAAAGAAAAAGAAGAAGGACAAGAAAAAGAAAGCAAAGAAAGGUGACGCUAAUGCUGACGGAGAUGAGGAAAAGGACAAGGAUAAUGCCAGUGAAAGUAAGGAGGGGACACCAUUAGAAGAAGUGAAAAGUGAGUCAGCAGUUCCGGAUGCGGCUGAAGCAAAAGAUGAAAAUGCAGUUGAAGAAAAGGAGAAAGAGAAGCAAGAGGAACAAGCUGACAAUUUUGACAAUAUAAACCCCGACAAAAGCCCCAAUAAAGAAGGCAAACUGGGAAAAAAAUCAACCUUGGAAGAACUGAUGACCGACGAAGAACUUACAACCGCAGCUUCAAAAGAGGAUAACAUAAUUUCACUGGUGGACAACGAGGCGUUUUCAAAGAAAGACGAAGCCAAAGAGAAACAAACAGAUGCCUCUGAAACUCAAGACACUAAAUCAUCGCAUGACCUAGACUCAAUUAAAUCUGACUCCCUGGUAAUCGAUGAGCUUCAAAAAACUAUAGAGGAGCAAAAGAAGACUAUCAACGCUUUGCGCAAAGAGGUCAAAGAUCUUAAACUCUCCAGGAUGGAUCUAGAUGAUACAAUCUCUGACUUGAAGGCUGAGAAUGAACAAUUAAAGAAGCAAGCACCACCAUCAACGCAAUCACCGCUCCCAAACUCGUCGAGCUCUACCCACACCGCAUCAGCUUACCAACCAGCAAAACCACUAUUCACGACUAACGACUAUGCAUCAUCAUCGCAACAAAAUUUAAGUAAGUUUAGCUCAAUUGAAGAUUUUAGAGAGAAAUUGAUGAUUUGGAAAGGCUGGCAGGUUGAUAUGAGGAACUGGAGUAGUCCCAGCUCGACCAAAGCAGCACUUUGA